CUCAUUUCUUUAGGGGUAGGAGGAGGUGAAGUCGCCGCCAUGAAGCGCCCUGACGGGAAGACCGCCCGCCACGUCCCACAAUGCACCGCCGACUUCCGGGAUGGGACUUUCUCUGUGGCAGCGCAUCUCUAUGAUCUCCAGGUGUCGUUGCCUUCCUGCUCGCCCUCCCUCCUCCUCCUCAUCCUCCUCCUCCUUCCCCGGUCCCGGUGCGCUGCGCAUGCGCGGGAGGCGGCUCCGCCAUAGCAACCGGAGCGUUCACGGUAGCAACGGCAAUGGCAAAAGCAACAACUAUCAAAGAAGCUCUAGCCAAGUGGGAAGAAAAAAGUGGCCAGAAGGCUUCAGAGGCAAAGGAGGUGAAACUGUAUGGUCAGAUUCCUCCUGUGGAGAGGAUGGAUGAAUCUUUGUCCACACUCGUUAACUGCGAGAAACUAUCGCUGUCUACAAACUGCAUUGAAAGAAUUGCCAACUUGAGCAACCUAAAAAAUUUGAGGAUUCUCUCUCUAGGAAGAAAUAACAUAAAGAACUUGAAUGGAUUGGAGGCAGUUGCAGAGACUUUAGAGGAGCUGUGGAUCUCAUACAACUUCAUUGAGAAACUAAGGGGUAUCCGUGUAAUGAAGAAGCUGAAGGUUCUUUAUAUGUCAAAUAAUUUGGUGAAAGACUGGGCAGAGUUUGUGAGACUGGCAGAGCUGCCAUUAUUAGAGGAUCUGGUGUUUGUUGGCAACCCCCUACAGGAGAAAUAUGCCUCUGAUCAGAAGAACAGUUGGAUUGAAGAAGCAACCAAACGGGUACCCAACCUGAAAAAGCUGGAUGGUACUCAUGUUAUUAAAGAAGAAGAAGAAGAAGAAGAAGGAGGAGGAGAAGGAACAAACUGAUGACACUUUCUUGUUGGGCAUUUAAUUAUUUAAAUAACUUCAGAUAGCUUGGAACAUAGAACUUUUAUAUAAAUGUUUGUUUUGAAGAGAAUCUUGGGACAGUUUUUUAAAAGACCAUCCUAUCUCCACAGUCUGUCACCCAAAGAGUUAGCUACCAAAAUCUGGGCACCUCAAUUUUGUCAAGCUUAUGACACCUUCUGAAGAGAUCAGUGGAGCUGAAUUUAUCUGCUCUGUGGCUAGCAAGACAUCUUCACCUGAACAUUUAAUGCAUGGGCAUUUUUAAUCCCUGAUUAGCAGUGCUUGUUGUUCAUUCUUGGGCUAUAACAGAACUGCUUGAACUCUUUCAGUGCAGUUGGCCAACUUUAUCAUUGGAAACACAGGCCAAAAGAACAAGGUGGUGGUUUAGAGAUAUGUUAUUUGUUGUGUUCGUUUGAUGGGAAUCCCUCAGCAUUUCAAAUAUGUGAAUUUGCCUUUUCCUCCCCUUAGC